AUGAAUGAUUGUGAUGUCGGGUGUUGUUUGGUGCAUGAUUGUGACAGUGUUCUCAGUCGAAAGGCAUUUUCAAGAAUUUCCAACAAGGUUGCCAGUGGAAUGCACGCCCAAAUUGAGAUAAUCCCGUGCAAAGUAUGCGGUGACAAGAGCAGCGGGGUGCACUAUGGCGUGAUCACUUGCGAAGGCUGCAAGGGCUUCUUCCGCCGGUCCCAGUCCUCGGUCGUCAACUACCAGUGCCCGAGACAAAAGAACUGCGUCGUGGACCGCGUCAACCGGAACCGAUGCCAGUACUGCCGACUGCAGAAAUGCCUAGUGCUUGGCAUGUCUCGGGACGCCGUGAAGUUCGGGCGGAUGUCGAAAAAGCAGCGAGAGAAGGUGGAGGAAGAGGUGCGAGUGAUCCGGGCCCAAAUGCUGAUCCCGGGCACCAAAUUUGAGCCGGACUCGUCGGUGUAUGACCCACAACUGCCUUCUUCGUCGGACCAGAUCGCCUCUUCCAUGCCUUACUCCUCCACCGGCGGCGGGUAUGGAUACGGUGACCUGGGCAACUCGUACACCCCCAACGCCUACCACGGGUUCGGGCUCGUGUCCAGAGGAGGGAAUAAUAAUAAUAAUAAUAAUGCCAUGCUGGACAACACGGCGGCAGUGGCGGCAGCAGCAGCACACGUGAUUGAACCAUCAUCCACAGCAACGACGCCGCAACAACAGCAAACCGGCGCCACGACAGCGGAUAUGAUGGGAGGAGUGACGGCCGUGGUCCCAGGCGCCACGGCGAUCGUGUCGUCCACAGGUAAGCCUGGAAAUGGUACCAGCAGCAGCAGCAGUGGCGCCGCUGCUGCUGCUGCUGCUGCUGCGAGCAAGGAAUCUCUGCUGGAGUUUGGGUGCGCGUCGGCUGUGGUGGCGGCUUUUGAGCAACAACAGCAACAACAACAACAACAACAAGAGGCGGAAGGUGGUGGUGGUGUUGGUAUGAGUGGUGGUGGUGCUGGAGGAGGAGGAGGAGGAGUGGGAAUGGCGCCGGCGCCGCAGCCGCCGCCUCCGGGCUCUGGAACGACCGCCGUGACGAUCACGCAGCUGUGUCGGGACUAUUAUAAUCCGCAAAUCGCGGAGCCAUUGGCCAGAUUCGUGACCGAGGCUCAUUUGCGGACGUGUCUCAUGUCAACUGAGCAAAUAGCUGAGCUCAUCUUUGCCAAGAAGCACACGGAUCUCAACAAGCUUCUCUACUACAAGAACAUGGGCCACGAGGACUUGUGGCUGGAUUGCGCGCAGAAAUUGACGGCCAUUAUUCAGCAAAUUAUCGAAUUUGCAAAAUUGAUCCCGGUCUUCAUGAAGCUGUCUCAGGAGGACCAGAUCGUGCUGCUCAAAACCGGGAGCUUCGAAUUGGCCUGUUUGCGGAUGAGCAGGUACUACGACUUGGGCCAGCAGGCCGUUUUGUUCGGGGAUGCCCUAUUGCCGGCACAGGCCUUCAUGACGGCGGACACGAUUGAGAUGAACCUGGUCAAGUCCUGCUUCGAGUUUGCCCAAGAAGUCGCCGAAAUGAAGCUCACUGAAACUGAGCUCGGCCUCUUCUCCGCCUUUGUUCUUCUCUCUCCAGACCGACCAGGACUGAAGGACCUGCACCUGAUUCGGCGGAUGAACCUGGCCGUGCUCGGAACCCUUCGGAUCGAGUUGUCCAAGACCCAUCCGUUGCCCAUCAAGGGUGACGUGUCCACCAUCGACUGUCUCCUGGCCAAGCAGGACACCCUGAGGGAAAUCAGCAUAUUGCACCUAGAGUCGCUCCGCCGCCUCAAGACCACCGCCCCUCACCUCGAGUUCCCCGCUCUUCACAAAGAACUCUUUGCCGUCGACUCCUGA